GAGACGCGGACACCUGUGAGAGUGCGAUGUCCUCUCCCAGCGCCGCCUCCAACCCCCUCAACGCCCUGGCGUCCAAGAGGAAGACCAAGAAGAAGCACUUUGUGCAGCAGAAGGUGGAGGUCCUCCGAGCCAGCGACCCCGUGCUGAGCGUGCUGAUGUGGGGAGUCAAUCACUCGAUGAAUGACCUGAGCCAGGUGCCUGUGCCCGUCAUGCUGCUUCCAGACAACUUCAAAGCCAGCACCAAGAUAAAAGUCAACAACCACCUCUUCAACAAAGAGAAUCUUCCUGGACAGUUCAAAUUCAAAGAGUACUGUCCGCAGGUAUUCAGAAACCUGCGAGAGCGCUUUGGCAUUGAGGACCAAGAUUACCAGGUGUCUCUGGCCCGCAGUCCUCCGCUCAAAGACGAGGAGGGGCAAUGCGUGGGGCUGCUGCUGACAUCAUAUGACCGCACUUUGGUAGUAAAAGAAAUCUCCAGCGAGGAGGUGGAGGAAAUGCACAACAUCCUCUCUGAGUAUCACCAGCAUAUUGUCACGUGCCACGGCAGUACGCUGCUCCCUCAGUUCUUGGCCAUGUACAGAGUCACUGUGGAGAGCGAGGACACCUACCUGUUGGUUAUGAGGAACGUGUUCAGCCACAGACUGCAUGUACACAGGAAGUACGACCUCAAGGGGUCCCUGGUUUCUCGUGAAGCAAGUUUUAAAGAGAAGGUGAAAGAGCUGCCCACUUACAAGGACGUGGACUUCAGGAACAACAUGCAGAAAGUUUAUGUGAGUGACGAGGAGAAAGAGAAGAUAAUGGACAAGCUCAACAGAGAUACUGAGUUUCUGGUGCGCAUGAGGAUGAUGGACUACAGUCUGCUGCUGGGCAUCCAUGAUGUCGAGCGCGCUGAGAGGGAGGAGGAGGAGGAGGAGUUGGAGUCGUCCUAUGAAGAGGAAGAGGAGGGUGAAAAUGGACUGGCUCCUCCGCCGGGCUCCACCUCACCUGAGGGCAUUGCUGGCUACAUGAACUCCCUCAAACCCAUGGGUCCCGGGGAGUUUGACCCUUACUUGGACGUGUACGCUGUUCAGAGCGCUGUAGGUGCACCCCAGAGAGAGGUGUAUUUUAUGGGUCUGAUUGACGUGCUGACACAGUACGACACCAAGAAGAGAGCUGCUCACGCUGCCAAGGCUGUCAAACACAGGGCGGGAGCAGAAAUCUCAACAGUUCAUCCAGAGCACUACGCUAAACGUUUCCGAGAGUUCAUCGCUAAGAUCUUUGCCUAGCUCGAAGAUUCAGUCCACUCAUCAUUUAAUACAAGAGGCUUCUUACUAUGCAAUGCUUAAGCCAUGUCAAAAGUGGUGAGGAAAACACGUUUUCUCUGCACAUUCUUCCUUAAUCCGUGCAGUGUUCCUUCAGUGGAUUCUCACUCACUGCUGCUUGAGAGAAAGAUUUUUGUUUUGCUUUUUAAAUAUUGAUUUGGGACUCCUUCUCUGGCAUCAAUGACAACACUUAGUGUAAGGAAAUAAUUUGGGCUGAUUGGGCAAAUCUACAGGGCCUCAAUUAGGAACAAUUCAGUAUUCAUCAUCAUCAAAAUGUCUCCAAGUGCAGAUAUAAAAUUAAUAGAGCGAGCAUAAUGGUGUAAAUGAAGCACCACACCAAGUACUGCCUAAAUACUGUAAGCCUCCAUCUUUAGGCACAUGUAUCAAAAGGAAAAUUGAAUGAUAUUUAAAAAUCUUCUAUGUGAUUAUUAAAUGAA